AAAAUGUUGAAUUUCAUGGAUUCAAAAUUAAAACCAGAUAUAAAAUCACUAAGUCCAUAUGAAGAUGGUUAUGAUGUAACAAAUCUUACAUCAUCGAAUUCAAUUGUAAAAAAACAAGGAUUUUUAGCCUAUAAAAGUGUACGACCACCAGUCGAUGUCAACAUAAAAUUAAUUUGUACCGUAAAUUUAAAUCAUAUCAUUAUCAAUGGUCGACGUGGUGCUCAACAAUCCACUGCCUUCGAAUUAUAUUUAAAAGAUGGAUGUAUCUCAAAUUACACGAGCAUAUCAAAAGUUUAUCUGGAAAACGAUGAAAUGGGGGUGGUUUUUUAUAAUAUGCGAACAUUUAAAGCAGACGAGCAUAGGAUACCAAAAUGUUUUAAAUUAGUUCCAUUGAGCCGUGUUCAUUGGCGUUUAAUUAUUAGUUGUGAUUAUUUAAAAAUACGAAUCCUACGAACGAAGGAUAUACCUUGCAUAGGUUCACUUGAAAUAUGGGGACAUAUAGCGAAAUAUUGUUCAAGUGAAUUGAAGAAUCAAGUCUUAAGAUUGUGCAACAGUGUAAAAAAAUCAGUUGAGGUCACCGAACAAUCUCCCAAAGAACCAUCAAAGCCAUCUAAAAGAAUAGAUUCCGGUUUUCAAGUUCCAAACGAGUUUUUAGACCAAUUAACGUUUGAAAUAAUGGCACAACCAAUGACUUUACCAUCUGGGAACACAGUAGAUCAAUCUACACUAGAUAAACAUGCCCAUUCUCAACAAAUGUAUGGUCGUGCACCAUUUGAUCCAUUUACAGGGCAAGUUUAUACAGCUACUUGUAAACCAAUGUUUAAUAGUGCGUUAAAAAAUCGAAUUGAUGCGUUUUUAUUACAAAAUUCCGAACAUGAAUCGAUAAAAAAUAUACCGCGUACUGUGGGUCGACAAACAUCAUCAAAAAGUGUAAAACGAACAUAUAGUGAAACAACAGUGACGAGUAAUUCUGAAAAUAUUGAUAGUUUAGAUUUGAUAUUAAACGAAACAUUAUCAAAAUUACCACGAUUUACAAAUUUUGAUGAAGAAAUUGAAUUGAACAUAUGUACAGUAUGUAAGACAAUGGAAAAUUUAUAUAAAUUAAAAUGUUCACAUUUAUUUUGUAGACAAUGUUUGAUUAUGUUAUCAGAUAACUGUACAAGAUGUAACCAGUUAUUUAAAAAAAGUGAUAUUGUACGUUAUCAUACUUAAUUACAACGCGUGUUUUCUUUUCAUUAUUGUUUUUUCUUUUAGAAAAUAUUACUUUUUGUUUCAAAUUACAGUCAAAUCUCGUUUAUUACAAUUUAGAGCUAUGGACUAAGAGCCAGCGCCUGCCAGACAUACGUUAAAGUACAAAAGCUGAAAUUUUUUUUGCGUAUUCUCAUUGGUGUGGGGAAUAAUCUUUGGGGGCUACAAACCUUGACUAACGAUGCCUUCGGUAGGUAUCAGAUAAUCAGGGGCGUAGUACCCGAGCUCUCUCAUGUUAAAGUAUAAAAGCUGAAAUUUACACAGAGUAUUCAAAUGACCGUUUUAAGUCAAUAAGUCAAUAUUG